AUGUCUCACGAAUCCGUCUGGUACUCGCGUCCCCGCACCUACGGCAAGGGAAGCCGUUCGUGCCGUGUCUGCACCCACACUGCUGGUCUCAUCCGCAAGUACGGCCUCAACAUCUGCCGUCAGUGCUUCCGCGAGAAGGCUGCGGAUAUCGGUUUCGUCAAGCACCGAUGA